AUGAAAACGGAUGAUUUUCUUUUAAAAGAUCGGAUAGCAGAAAGAAAAAACUUUCCUAAAAGCGCAAUAUCUGAAAAGCUACAUAGAUAUCUCAAAGUGGCAAGAAGAGUAAAGAACAAUGAUGAAAAACCCGAAGAAAAAAGAAAGCUUCACAAUGCGCAUGAGAAGAAACGCUUCUAUUUUCCAUCCCUUCUAAUUAUAAUAAAACCCACCUAUAAAGUUCUGAGAACACGUUUCUUACACGUUCUUAUGCUUUCACAGUUCUUUAUUUCAAUCCAUGGCAAAACAAUGAAGAAACAGUAG